CUAUGGCUUCCAUGUUUAUGGUGAAGAACACAUUUUGUAAGGUUUCGAAAGUAGGGUUAUUUCCUUGUCAACUUUCUUCUCUUUACUCUCCUAAAGUUUCUAGGGUUUGCUUUACUUCUGCCUCCAAAUUUCAUGAGAAUCAGUAUGCUAGAGAAGACGUAGGAGGAGAAGAUGAUGCAAAAGCAGCUGAAAGAAUGAGGGAAGCCCGUCAAGUUUACGAAAAACUUGAUAAUCGAGAAGCCGAAAAAGUUGAGCGAAAAUACGAAGAAAUGAAGCAGAAAGCCAAGGACACUGUCGAUGACAUGAAAGAUAGAGCCAAAGAAGGCGCCCAUCAAGCAAGUGAGGCGAUGCAAGAAGCCAAAGAGAGAGCUAAAGACAGUGCAGAUUGGGCUAAACAAAAGGCUCAGGAAGGCACGAAUCGGGCCAGUGAAAAGGCCCAAGAAGGGGCGCAACGAGUAGGCGAAACCAUGUAUGAUGCUAAAGAAACCACCAAAGGCGCUGCGGAUUGGACUGCAGAUAAGGCGAAAGAAGGAGCACAUAAAGUUGGGGAAAGCAUGCAUAAUGCUAAAGAAAGCACCAAGGACACCAUGCAUGAUGCUAAAGAAAGCACGAAGGACACGGCCGAGUGGACGACUCAGAAGGCGAAGGAGGGGGCCGAGAAGAUUGGGGAGGCGGUGAAGGAGACGGCGAAAGGAGCUUGGGAGACGGCAAAAGGAGCUACACAAAAGAUCAAAGAAACGGUUGUAGGGAAGGAUGAGGAGAAGAAGGUUGAGGAUUAUAUGGAGGAUCAUUUGCCUCCUAAACGUCCUGGUGAUGCUAGAGAUCAAAAAUUGCACCAAGAUCGAUUUUAA